CGGAAAACGACCAGGCCUUUUGGAAACAUUCGACUAAGGUUUUUGUAUCCUCGAAAGCAAUCUAUUACCCCAGGGAAUCUUAAACCACGCAACACGACUCAAAUCAUGACGAGAUACGCAAGAAACUACGGUACCCCGAAGCGCAUAUUUUAUCUUUAAAUACAUCGCGUCGGGUCUCCUCUGGUAUCCAUUAUAACCUGAUAUGACAAUGGGAAUUUUUUACAAUGACUUACUCGCUUUGUGAUGCAAAACAUUGUUAUAGACUAGCCAUUCCGAAGUCCCUGGAGGUUGUAAAUACGCGGAACUACGGUGAAAGCCCGGAUCGCACUGGUGCGGGGUACAAGGAUGUACAGCACCAUUAUUGCCCUCUGUAUUACCGAUAGAAAUCACUUCCGGGCUGGGUAUGUGCUGGUGCCUUGCCCUCCCCUGGGUGGUUAUUCCUUUCAAUGAAAGCAUAUCACAUUUUAAUUACCCGAGAGAAAAAAGUUAAAGUGCGUUAUCGAAAAUUAGAAAGUUCGAGAAGCGGCACAGGGAAAUUUCAUGAGGGGUAUAAUCUUCAUUUUCCCGUGUAAGCUCUUAAAUUUGUAUCGCGGUUAAACUUCACUAUUAGUCCUUUGCAACUAUCUCUGCAUCCUGCGAGGCG